CACAAACAAUAAUAAUUUAUUAAUAAAUAACACAACACUAAUCACGUCCCCUUAACUCGCUUCGUAAUGAUCUACAAAUAUUUAGCAGUCAAUCGGUCGCGCCACUCCUUGCCGAUCAGACGUGAUGGCGGCUCUCCACUGGUUCCUCCUCGCUGCACUCCUCGGCUGCACUCUCGCCGAGGAGCAGGCCAUCUUCUACAACUGCGAAGAAGCUUCUGAAGCCGUGUGCUCUGUGAAGGAAGUUCGCAUCAAUCCGUGCAAUCCAAACAAGAAAUGCAUCUUCAAGAAGGGAGUUAAUGCUAGCAUCUCCUUCGAUUUCGAACCAAACUUUGCAUCGUCAAAAUUGGUGACUACGCUUUACGGACCGUUUGACGUGGAAUUCGAUGAGAUGACGAACGUGGACGCCUGCCAAUACACCAAGUGCCCUACCGAGCCUGGUAAAUCACAGGUCCUCGACUACACCCUUUACAUUGGAAAGAAGCUGCCGCAGGGUACUUACACGUUCAAAUGGAAGCUCUGGAACCCAGAGGAGACGUCGCAACUGUGCUGCUUCAAGACAACAAUAAAGAUUAGGAAAUAAAAAAUAACUAUUGUUUUUUUGUAAUAAAAAUAUACAUCUGAUUUUA